AUGCCAACUCUUAAACUUUCCAACCUUUCCAAAGCAACAGCCGAAGAUGAUCUGGCUGUUGUGGCUGUCGAUAAAAAGAAAACGAACACCAGUGCAUCAAUGAAAACAACAGUACCAAAGAAAAAGAAGAAUUGUAAUUUCAAUCUCAUUCCUGAUGAAUUGAUUGUACAUAUUGCAACCUAUUGUCAAGGAGGAGAGCUGGCAAGGUUUUCCGAGUCAAAUUCAAGAUACUUGAAAUUACUGUUCAAUCAGGAAAUUUCAAAUUUUCCAAACCAUACAGUAAUUAAGAGUAAAAUUCAAACACAUUUUGGAGAACAUGCAAAACAAAACGAAUUAAAAACACAGGAAAAGAAAUACCAAAAGGAUGAGGAAUCAAUUGACUUUGAUCUAGUUCAAAUUCAAGUUUGGAAACCAUUAGUUUGUUUCUAUUUCCCAAGAUUUGAAAAGGCAUUGAAUAUUAAGAAUUGGAUGCAUGUAUUAAGGAGAAGAGUUGCUCACAUCAAAAUUAAUGGAGCCAACUUCCUUCCAAUACUCAGAAGGAAAGAAGGAGAUCCAAUCUAUGAUUUCAAGAGUGAUGACGGCUUUAUUGAAAAUUGUGAAUAUAUCUACAAGUGUCCAUUGAAAUUUAAUAGCUUGGAUGGAUAUGGAGAUGAACGGUCAUGUAGAGUGUGUGGAAAGAAGGUUUACAAUGUGGAAAAUAUUAGCACAUUCAAAGACUACAUUUCAAAAGGGAAUAUACAACCAACUGUAAAUAUGAGUAGGAGAGGAAGUAUUAUUGGUUCAGAUGGUGAAUCCGGAAGUGUGCUAGAUUAUAACUUUUCUACCAAUGUUGCCUCAAUAGAUAAGCGAAGUUAUAUUACUUCAACAAGACAACCUAAUGAUGCCAAUGCAGCAGGUAGUGUUGUGAAUGCUUCACAAGUGGGUAGUACCACAUCAUCACUGGAAGAUUACUAUAAUGAGUCUAUUGUUACUCAGUUAGAGGAGAGAUCCUUCAUGUUCCUUCUUAAUUUACAAACCAGACAAGAAUUAGUUGGAAGAAAUGAAUAUAUCAAAACUCUACUCAUCAGACUAUAUUUCAUAUGGGCAACAUUAGUGAUUGCCAUUCAACCUAGUUAUAACUUUGGCGAGUAUGGAAGGUGGAUAGCAAGAGCUGUUAAUUAUCCUCUAACAUUUGGUUUUGAACAUUUACCUUACACUGCAGCGGUCAUUAUUGCAGGUAUUAUAUUUGCCAUACAGCUACUUCAAGUCAUUAUUUUAAUAAUUGCCUACAGAUCUAUCUACAGAAUGAGCAAGUAUUGGCCCAAAAUCAAAGUCAUUACUAGAAUAUUGAAUGUAACAAUCUCUUUAACAAGUUUGCCAAUCAGUUGGCUCAUGUUGGGGUUUUUGAAUUGUAAUUAUUCGUCAGCAGUGCUGGUCACUUCUUCAACAACAGCUGAACAAGUUUUGAAUAGAUUUCCUGACGUGGCCUGUUAUUCGGGCACCAAUUUGGCUUUCAUUAUAAUUGGUCUUUUGUCAUAUGUGCUCACAAUUUUCACAACCUUUGUUGGUUUUUACACAACAACAGAUGCAAAUCCAAGGAGUGAAACUCCCUUCUUAACAUUUGAUGCUCAUCUCUAUUUUUUAAGCGUUCUAAGCUAUCAAAUUUACUAUUUGUUGAUUAAUGUUGUAGGAGAUCAAUUUGUGGUAAUUCAAGCAGUUUACUUUGUGGUAGCUAGCUUUUGCAUCACUAUUUUCUUUUUAUUUUCAAUGCCUUUUUAUAGAAGAUGGGAGAAUGCUGUUUACUUUGGUUUUGUUUGUGCCACUCUUGGAGGUUCUUUGUGUGGUGUUGUUUCCACAUAUGUGAAUACUCAAAAUGAGUAUGGUCUUGGUUUAGGACUGUUAGGCAUGACUAUUGGUGUAAUGAUAAUAUUUUCCUUCAUUGGUUGGUUGUGCAUGGAUUUAUGGACUAGAUACAUUAAUAAGGAUCUGAGAGGAAUAUUUAUGAAUCACUUGGAACGUGGAUUAGACAAUUUGAGUAAUGAUGACAUUAUGAAUCCUAAAUACAUUCUAGAAAAGGAGUCUAUCAAAAUCUUACAAGAAAUUGAAGAAACCAAUCGCUCAAGAAGACUAUUCCUCUUCUUAAAAUGGUGUAUGAAGAAAGGAUCUACCUCUACUUUGGGUAAUCUCAGUGAUUUGGAACUUUCCAAAUGUUUUAUUAAGGGUGUUGCCAAUCAAAAAACUUACCAAAAUGUUGAUUUAUUAAUUGCAGCCUCCAUUAUUUGUGGUAACUUUUUUGAAACAGGACAACAAAAAUCACUUGCAAUUUUAGAAAAAAAGGUAGAAAGUAUCAACAAACAAAUUACUUCCAUCACAAGGGAAGUUGGAAUUACUCUUAAGGGCCUCAUGUCAAACUAUGGUAACAAUAAGACUGUAUUGAGAACAUAUGCAAAAUUCUUAGAAGAAGUCAAAUUUGAAAGAGAUCAAGCAUAUGAAAUGUAUGAAGAAGCCAACUAUAUUGAAGAAGAAGAAACAAAAAAGACCUCAGUUCCAAAAAAGAUUGGAAAAAAUAAUAGAGUACUGCCAGAAAGUAAUUACUUUGGUGAAGGAUUUACUAAUCAAGCAAGCGUUGAUGUACAAAAAACAUCUGGAGCAAGAAGUGGCAUUAGUCAUUCCUACGAAGAUAGAAUUGAUGAAUUCAGUGGCAUUGAAAAUAUUGUAGGCAACCAAAAGAAGGAAUACCAGUUUAGAGUUUCUCUUAACAGACAACACACACACAAUAUUUAUUUAUUCUUUUUCCUGAUUCUAUCUUUUCUUUCAAUGUGUAUUGUAUCUAUUGGUAUUGGUAUGUCAGUUUCCUUUGCUGGUCAGCUCUCUAGCAACAUUAAGAAUUCCUACUAUGUUUGCAUGCCAUCUGCUGUACCUAGAUUGCUUUUGAGGGAAAUUAGAGUAUUCCAAAACUUUAUGAUACUCUAUCCAACCUAUAAGAAUGAACUUAUAUCCUCUGGUUUACAUGAUGUGGUUAAUGUUACAGACUUUUUCCAAGACAAAUUAGAGAGAAUGGAAAAGUAUAAGGGACUUUUGGAUGAGUUAAAAUUGGCUGAGGCCUCUGGUACAAUGUCUUCUGAAUCCAUAGCAGACUAUACCAAUCCUAUAUAUACUCUUGUUACACCAGUUCUCUAUUACAGUAAUGAUUCAACAAUUCCUUCCGAUUACAUUCAAUCCAAAAAUGCUUCCAUUUCAGAAAUUACUGAUAGUUUAAUCAAAUAUGCCAAGACUUAUUUGAAGAAGGAAGCAAAUAGCUUUAAUACUACAAUAACAUCUGGUGAUUUCAUGUUUUUAUGGACAAAUAGAAAUGGAGGUAGCUCAGCUUUUGAUGCUUAUUGUGAUUUAUUUUUGCGUAGAAAUUCUGAAUCUGUUCAAAAUAUGAACAUUCAAUUUAUUGCCUUCUACGUAGCUGCAGUUGUUGUAUAUGGUGUUUGUGCAGCAAUUGUGGUUAUGAUAUUGUUAGUACAUUUGAGGUCAUUGAGAUCAUCUAUUAAGUUUAUUGCCACAACCUUACCCAAGGAUCAAGUUGGUAAAAUAUUUCAAGGUCUCGACAAGAAGUCUGAUGAAGAAAUGGAUAUCAAAGAGAAUGGAAUUAUUUCAAAACCUCAGACAACCAUUUCACUCGUUGUUGUGUCAAGUAUCAUUGUAACUGUUCUUUGCAUUACAAUGCUUUUCGUUGAUAUGCAAAUUAUUUCUAAUACUGAAAGUUUAGCGAUUAAAUACGUUACUUCUGGAGUUGAAAUUUUCAGAAAUACAAACAGAGCAGCCUACCGUAUGACAGAAUUAUUUAGUUUUAUGAGAUAUACUUCCAAGAGUAGUUUGAAUGAUGAUCGUUUGCUCUCACAAUCAGACCUUAGCACUUACCACGUUCAAAUGAAAUCACUAUUUGGAACUAUUGCUUCUUCAUGGGAAGUAUUAAGAUAUGGUGGUAGAUUUAUGAAUACUUAUGAGGAUAUUGAUAUUCUUAUUUCUCCAAUUACAAAUUGUACCAACGUUUCCACAUUUUAUUGCACCAAUUUGGAUGAGCUCGUUACAGAAAUUAGUACUGUGUCAUUAAGAUUGAACGAAGAUGUAUAUUACAGUAAUUACGCUAUAGACAAUUUAUUCUUGACCUUGCUUAAGGGAAGUGAAAUGUCAAAUGCCCUUAUGGAUAGAAUAAUAGACAUUUUUGAUUUAUAUUCUACAUAUGCAUCGACUCCAAGUUUUACAUUAUCCAUAAUUGCAGUUGUUAUAGGAUACAUUGCAUUAAUAUCACUAUCAUAUUUUGCAUAUGUGUUAAUAAGAGAUUUUUGGGAUCAGAUUCAACAAUUAAGAAGUUUACUCAAUUACUUACCUGUGGAGUAUAUUGAUUCCAAUGAUGCUCUUAAACAAUUUGUACUUUUCAAUGAUCUCUCGUCUAAAUCUAGGGCCUCUUCAUCAGAAAAAAGCAAGGAAAAAGAUGGUGGUGGAGAUGGUAAGGUGAGGGCAAUUUUGAAUUCUGCAGUUGAUGGAGCCAUUUUAUGUAAUUCACAAGGUGAUAUUGAACUUUUCAAUCCUGUUGCUCAAAAGAUGUAUGGUAUGAAUAAUAGUGAUGUUUUGGGCGAGCAAUUGACCAAGCUAUUUGACCCUAUGGACCCAAAUAGACAAAAACUAGCACAAAUUAUCCAGCAAAUGGUAAAUGCAACCCAGUCAUUUGGUGAAACACUUGAAGUGGAAUGUGUCAGAAAGAAUGGAAGUAAAUUUCCAUCCAAGGUUAAUCUUUCAGUUAGUGUAGCCAAUAAGAAACCAAUUAUUAGUUGCUUUGUUAAAGAUUUCACACCUGAAAAGAAACAAAAUAUGUUAUUAGCUGAAGAAAAGAAAAAAUCUGAACAAUUAUUGUUAAAUAUUAUGCCAGAGAGUGUUGCUUCAAGAUUGAAGGGAGGUGAAACAUUCAUUGCUGAAAAGUUCAAUGAUGUAACAGUUUUCUUCUCAGAUAUGGUUGGAUUUACAAAAAUCAGCUCUGGAAUGAAUCCUUCUGAGCUUGUGUUGAUGUUGAAUGCAAUUGUAAAUGGUUUUGAUGUACUCACUGAAAAGUAUAAUUUGGAAAAGAUUAAAACUAUUGGAGAUGCCUAUUUUUGUGUUGGUGGUAUCAACUUGAAUGCUCAAUCAGAUCACCCUGAGAGAUCAUUGAGAUUUGCCAUUGAUACACUUCAAGUAAUCAAGGAAUAUAAUUCAAGUGAGAAUACUAAUGUUAAUAUUCGUGUGGGUCUACAUACAGGACCAGUUGUUGCUGGUGUGAUUGGUAUCAAAAAGUUUGCCUACGAUUUGUGGGGAGAUACCAUUAAUACAGCCUCAAGAAUGGAGUCAACUGGUGAACCAGGCAGAAUUCAAAUUUCUAGAGCUACCUAUGAAAGAGUUCAUGACAUGGGAAUGGAAUUUGAAGAACGUAAAAUUGAUGUAAAAGGAAAAGGUUUAUGUCAAACUUAUCUGCUCAAGAGGAAGCAUCACGUUGAUCCUUUACAAUAUGAAACUGAUUCUCAUCAUUCUGAAGAAGGAGCAGAUGAAAAGACAGACACAUCUCUUGAAGUUGGUAAAAUUUCAAAUAGCAAGCAUAAUGAAGAUUCAGUUCGUCAAGAAUCUGAAGCAGAUCAACAUGAAAAUUAUGAUAACUUGGAAAACUUGUAUGGAAUUGGACCAAAUAAGAGUGUUGAAGGUCCAACUGUAAGAGGCUCGUUUGCGAAGAAAAAAUUGAAACAAGAAGAUGUGAAUAAUCAAUCUUUACAAGCUCUCGGAUUCUUAUCUUCACAUUCCACUCCUAUUGAGGAAAAGGAGGAAGUAACACCAGAAGUAUCUGGCCCAAUAAACGUAACGCAAUAA